GAGCCGCGCUCAGUGCUAGUGCUGCCGCCGCUGCCGCUUCAUCCCGCAGCUCUCCGCCCAGGAAUGAGAAGCGAUGUCCGGCGCAUCCAACGAGGAGAAAACCUGCCGCAGGUUCCUGGAGCUUUUUCUCGGGGAGUUCAGGGGACCCUUCGGGGAGGAGGACCCUAUCCCGCUCCGUCCGCUGUCAGAUCACAUCACUCCGGAGGAGGUGGAAGGAGAAUGCCUGGACCUGUGCCUGCAGCAACUCUGCAAAUAUAAUUGCCCAUCUUUCCUGGCGGCUGCUUUGGCAAGGGCAACAGCUGAUGAGAUAUUGCAAACUGACCUGUCUGCAUACUAUGUACCAAAGCAUGUGGAUGGCACAGAAGGAAUAAUACAGCUAGAGACUGUGAAACUGGCCCAUGCUGUAUUCAGCAAGCUGCAUGAGAUCUGCUGUAGCUGGGUGAAAGACUUUCCUUUGUGCCCCAAACCACAUCUUUAUUAUGAUACAUCAAUUCAUGCUAUCAAAAACAUGCGAAGGAAGAUGGAGGACAAGCAUGUCUGCAUCCCAGACUUUAACAUCCUCUUCAACCUUGAGGACCAAGAGGAGCAAGCUUACUUUGCGGUGUUUGAUGGGCAUGGAGGAGUAGAUGCUGCCAUUUAUGCUUCUAUCCACCUGCAUGUGAAUUUGGUACGUCAAGAAGUGUUCCCGCAGGACCCAGCUGAAGCCUUGUGUAGAGCAUUCCGCAUCACAGAUGAAAGCUUCGUAAAGAAAGCUGCCCGUGAGAACCUACGUUGCGGUACAACUGGCGUGGUGACCUUUAUCCGUGGCAACAUGCUUCAUGUGGCCUGGCUGGGGGACUCACAGGUGAUGCUGGUACGAAGGGGACAAGCUGUGGAAUUAAUGAAGCCACAUAAACCUGACCGUGAGGAUGAGAAACAUCGUAUUGAGGCCCUUGGAGGUUGUGUGGUCUGGUUUGGUGCAUGGAGAGUUAAUGGAAGCCUGUCUGUCUCUCGAGCUAUUGGGGAUACUGAGCAUAAGCCAUAUAUUUGCGGUGAUGCAGACUCUGCCUCCCUGGUCCUUGAUGGUUCUGAAGAUUAUCUCAUUCUGGCUUGUGAUGGUUUCUAUGACACAGUAAAUCCAGAUGAGGCUGUGAAAGUUGUAUCUGACCACCUGAAGGAAAACAAUGGAGACAGCAGCAUGGUUGCCCAUAAAUUGGUAGCAUCUGCUCGUGAUGCUGGUUCCAGUGAUAACAUAACAGUCAUUGUAGUGUUUCUCAAGGACCUUAAUCCAACAUCCAAUACAAGCCAAGACAAUAACCAAGCUGAGAAUGCAUUUGAUGGAGGUCAGGAAGAUAACGGAGAUGACAAGGAGAAUCAAGGAGAGUGCAAAGGAUCAUGGCCUCUUCAUCAGUGUUCUGCCCCAGCUGAUCUAGGAGGUUAUGAUGGGAGGGAUUCUUUCACAGACAGAACUAGUUUGAAUCUUGGUCCUGAAGCACAGGUUCUAGAAAAACAAGACUAUUUAGACCCUUUGCAUGGAGGAGAUGGCAAACCACAUAGUGCCAAAUGUUUGCCAUGGUCCCAAGUAUCCAGAGCUAGCUCACCAAAGAGAGCCAAAGGAAGCAAAGAAUCUGUGAGAAAAGAGUCUGUAGAAAGUCCACCUGCUUUGGGAGAGAAAGAAUGGGAUGAAAGUAUAUCUAGAAAAAAAGGCUUGGGAUAUGUUAAUAUCUUAAAGCCCAGAAAGGAGAGCUUACACUGCCCUCUGGAGUUAAAGGAUGAAUGUCUGAAAGGAGUCAUGAAUGGUCCAACACGUACAGCUCCUGUACGUUUCAGAAAGAGGAGAGGUGGGACUAAGGCCAAGCCAAACUUUCCAAAGCUCCUAUCUUCCCAAAAGCCUUCUCAAAAAGCACGGUCCACUUUAUCAGUGCCAGUGCAAAGGCCUGGCAAACAUAGGAUAUCAGCACAUUGUUCCGUAGCUUCUAGGAAAAGUAAUCGUAGAGGUAAUUUGAUGAAUAGAGCAUUGUUAAAGGAGAGCAACUGUAUAGCAUUGGUAGACCUGCAUAGGAUCUAUCAAAUGUAAAAGAUACAUGACCUCCUCUGUGUGUUAUAUAACUGUAGUGCUCCAGUGAAUUAGGUUAGAUAGACCCAAACUUUAAUGGCAUCCUCCUCCUCUCCUAGUGUAUCGAUCUCACCCACGUAGUACACAGUAUUGUACUCUAUUUACAUUCAGAUGGACAUUUCCAUAGUUGUCCGAAAUGUCAGCUUGACUUUAUUCAGAAAGGAAGACAUAACAUUUCCCUUUUCACAUGCAGCAAUUAGACGAAGAAGGCCAAUGUACGCUGUAUUAAACAGAGAGCAAUGUCCUCUGCUGUAAGUGAUGUAUGUAUCGGGUAUAGAAUCCAACCUCACCCAACACGUCUUUUGUGUGUAUGUGUAUGUGUCUCACAAGGUUUUUAUUCCGAAUUCCUGUGGUUUUGUGGUCCUGGCAAUUAACUGAAAGGUUGCUAUGCCCAAUAAUACAGCUUGCAGGUCCUUAACUUUUACCAGUAACUAGGAGAUAUCAUUAGAUCAGUGUUUAAAAAAGGUAAUUAUGGAAAAAGAAAGUGUCAUGGGUUCUAAUGUACUGGUGCCCUCAGCUACUCUACUGGAACUACUAUUGCAACUGUAUAUUUACCUCUUAAGUAUUCUUUACACAAAGGCUUUGAGAUUACUAUCAGUUAUUUUUAUAGUUUUCGAUAGAUGUCACACUUUAUAAUGGCAAUAAGGCACUGCUGGAGUACAGUGAGAUAUAGCCAAUUUUGAGCAAUUCCUGCGGAUAAGCCAACCUCUACAGCAUUAGAAAACUCAGGUAUUAAGGCGCUAAAUCAAUAUCCACAUUAUAGAAACCAUCCCAUAUGUUAAAUAGAAGUUCACAACCCACUAUUCAUUAUUCCAUGAUAGUGAGUUUAGCCAUAAGAAAUCCGACCCAAGUUCAGCUUCGCACAUCUCUCAUUUCCAAGCACAAUAAGAGGACAGUUACUCACAGAAGUGUUAGCAUCCAAACUAUCAUAUUUAACCAAACAACAAAGAAAUGGGGUUAUUUCUGUGUUAGCACAUCAUGUAUAUUUAAUUAUACAGCACAGCAUGUUCCUUUCCAUAUGGGUUCAUUGACCUUCAGGCUGCCUUAAUUUCAUGCAUCAUGUUUCCUUUAAAAAAAUAAAAAUGAAGUUUUAGCUACAGGCAAGAGGGUGUUUCUCAAUUAAGACGCUAAUUUCUCCUAGUUCAUUUAUAAUUUUGUACCCCAAACCUUGCAUCUGCGUACAUUAGACUGACACAAUCUGUUCAACUAUAAUUCUUCUUUUUAAGAAUAAAAGCAUUAACAAUACUAAAUUUAUGAUAAAGUAUGAUACAACUACUAUUUCUACUCUUUUUCUUAUAGGGAAGAGCAAAGGUUUUGUCCCCAGAUCGUGACACCAGCACAGGUUAUAUAAGGGAGCAGGUAUUCGACUCCGCUUUUAUAAUUUAGUAUGAGGUGCUGGAAAUUUGUUGUCAUCCACGUAAGGUUUUAUAUAAGGCCUCAACACCAAAUCCAGUUUCAAAAUAUCUACAUCAGUGUUCUUUAUUGGCGCAGUCAGGUUGCUGUGCCCUAUGCCAUACAAUCAGAUUUAUAACCAUACAGAAAUAUAUAUUUUAUUGCCUGGCAACGACUAAGCUCUUGUUUAGUAGCUCACUGCUUUUACAUAAUGUUCCUUUUCUCUAAAACAUGAUGGUUCAUAGCAGAUCAUAGCAGCUUCAUAGCACUGCUUAAAAUCAUAAGGCUCUUAACAUCAGCUAUGUUGCUUCUCUUUCUAGAAGAACUGUCAAACAAUGGACAGUUGUGAUGUAUUCCAAGUGGACUAUACUCGCACCAGUAUUACAAUGUAGUUGCACCAUCCCCCCCCAAGUUAUCUGCUAUAUGUGCCUUGCAGGGUAAUAAAACUAAUGCAAGUAAAAUAUGCACUAAGAGUAUUUUUUUAUUUUCUAAAAUAAAUCUAAACAACUAAUACUUCUUGCAGUAUUUAUUAUACUGUAAAGAUGUGCAUGUACUAGCAAACCUAUCGUAUUAACAGAAUGUCCAAAUUUGCCAAAAACAUGUAAUUUGGUGAGAUUUUAGUUAAGGUGCAGCAAACAAAAAGGUGGCAACUGCUGUUUUAAGCUAAACAAGUAUUUUUGGAAAUGUAUUUUUUGGUGCCAGUAUUGGACAGUUCUUUUCAUUAUUGCAUUCUUCUCAGUUUGAGCUGCAAAUCACAUUUUUUCAAUUGCAGAAUACUGCUUCCCCUAUUCAGUGAUUCUGUCAGACAGCAGCUCUGACAUCUUGACCUGUAGCCCUUACCUGAACCCCUGACAGCUCAUAAACACUCAUUAUAGUUCAAUUUAGUAAUAAUGAGUGUUUAUAAGCUGUCAGAAGUUCAGAGAUAAGGGCUACACGUUGGAUUCAUUGUAAAGCAGAAAGCAACACUCUGCAGAUACACACAAAAUGAAAUCUGUAGAUAAUUAUUUUUUUUUUUAAAUAAAGAUCAAUUGAAAAGAGUGACUUGCAUCUCAAACUGAGAAGAAUCCAAUAAAGACCAACCUAAAAAUGAGUAGAAUGCAAUCAUAAAACUGCCCAUAGCCUUUAGAGGGAGACUCUGCCCUGAGAUUUACAAAUACAUUCCAGAAGACCACAUCCAUGAAGCUUGUGAGGGUUGGCCCCCACCAAUGUUGAAACCCUAUUGGCACCCUUCAAAGAAUUUCAGCACUCGAAAUUUCAUGUUAAGUGCUAAAGUGGAUAGAAGUCUAGUCCGAACUUUACAAUGAUUUUUUUUCCCAUCACAUGUUUUGUAGCCCCUAAUGUAAAAAUUACAACUAACACUAUAUCCAAACUAGAUAAAAUUGUAUGCCACAAAAUGAAACCAAAAGAUGCACACCUUUCCCAUUUUUAACACAAUAAAAACAAUAAAAAUAAAAUGCCACAAAAAAUUAAGACCAGGACAGAAUUUAUACAUGCCAGCCAAUGUGUCAUGUGGCUUCCCACUUUAUCAGCAAUGGUAUGUUUAGAUGGAACUGCAGCAAAUCGAAGUCUUUUAAAGGGGUUGUAUGAGAUUAUAAAAACAUGGCUACUUUCUUUUAGAAAGUGUCCAGGGGCUGUGUUUGGGAUUAAAACUCGCUUUCAAAUGAAUGGGGUGACGAGGAAAGCAGCAGUGUUAAUCUCAUACAACUCAUUUAACCAUAUCCAUGUUGGAGAAAAAACAGCAUUGCCAUUGGAAAUAAUAUAACUUAAAGGGAACCUGUCAUCAACUUUAUGCUGACCUCACUGAGGGAAGCAUAAAAUAGUGACAGAAAUGCUGAUUUCAGCGGUGUGUCACUCAUGAGCUAAAAGUAAG